AUGCAGGAGUCAGACCAGCCCGCGGUGCGGGCUCCCAGCUCCGGCUCUGGUGCCGCCUUCGCGUGGCAGCGGCGCCAUCCGUGCCCGGGUAGGGACGCGGCCGAGCAUCGAGCGGACCAGCGCCGGGCUGCGAGUCUCCUCCUGCUCCUCUCUGCAGGCUCAGCGUAUUAUGAUAACGUCCGUCCCUUGGCCUACCCGGACUCGGACGCUGUGCUCAUCUGCUUUGACAUCAGCCGCCCGGAGACCCUGGACAGUGUGCUCAAGAAGUGGCAAGGGGAAACUCAGGAGUUCUGCCCCAACGCGAAGAUUGUGCUGGUUGGCUGCAAGCUGGACAUGCGGACAGACUUAAACACGCUCCGGGAGCUUUCCAAGCAGCGCCUUAUCCCUGUGACGCACGAGCAGGGCAGUGCGCUGGCACGGCAGAUUGGCGCAGUGGCCUAUGCAGAGUGCUCCUCCAAGGUCUCGGAGAACAGUGUACGGGAUGUGUUUCAUGUGACCACACUUGCCUCCGUCAACAGGGUGCACAAGAACUUGAAGCGCAGCAACUCCAAACGGGGACUGAAGCGGGCAUCACAGAUGCCUGGCAGGACGGACUUACUGAAUGACACAGAGAUCAGGAAAGACCGAGCCAAGAGCUGCUCCAUCAUGUGA